AUGGCCUUCGGAAAGCUCUACGGUUCCCCUGAGAACGGUCGCACCAUUGCCUGCCUCGUCGCGGCUAAGGCCAACGACGUUGAGGUUGAGCUGGUCAAGACUGAGGCUAACUCUGCUGCCUCUUUCAACCAGUCCGCUGAGUACACCAAGCUCAGCCCCCUCGGCAAGAUCCCCGCCUUCGAGGGUGCCAACGGCUACACUCUGUCUGAGGUCAUUGCCAUCGCUGUCUACCUGACCUCCCAGAACGAGAAGACCACCCUCUUGGGCAAGACCAAGCAGGACUAUGCUUCCAUCCUCCGUUGGUUGUCUUUCGCCAACUCCGAGAUCGUCCCCCGCUUCGGUGCCUGGUACCGCCCUCUCUUGGGUCUUGACGGCUACAACAAGAAGAACGUCGAGGAUGCUGCCAAGGCUGCUGUGAAGAACGCUGGCGUUCUUAACACCCACCUCACUGCCAACACCUUCCUUGUUGGCGAGCGCAUCUCCCUGGCUGAUUACUUCACUGCCGCUCUCUUCACCCGUGCCUUCGCUACCGUCCUGGACAAGAAGUACCGUGACGAGAACGUUGCCAUCACUCGCUGGUACAAGACCAUCGUCAACCAGCCCGCCUUCAAGGCUGUCUUCGAGAACCCCGUCUUCGUCGAGGAGUGCAUCAAGUACACUCCCCCCAAGAAGGAGGAGAAGCCCAAGAAGGAGGCUGCCCCCGCUGCCGCCGCUGAGCCCAAGCCCGCUGAGGAGAAGAAGCCCAAGCACCCCCUUGAGGCUCUUGGCCGCUCCGAGUUCGUCCUGGACGAGUGGAAGCGCCAGUACUCCAACGAGGACACCCGCCCCGUUGCUCUGCCCUGGUUCUGGCAGAACUACAAGCCCGAGGAGUACUCCCUCUGGUCCGUUAACUACAAGUACAACAACGAGCUGAAGCUUACCUUCAUGGCCAACAACCUGAUCGGUGGUUUCCACGCCCGUCUUGAGGCUUCCCGCAAGUACCUCUUCGGUGCCCAGGCCGUCUACGGUUCCAACUACGACUGCGUCAUCCAGGGUGUCUUCCUGGUCCGCGGCCAGGACUCCAAGCCCGCUUUCGAGGUCGGCCCCGACUGGGAGAGCUACGAGUUCCGCAAGCUCGACCACACCAACGCUGAGGACCGCAAGCUCAUUGAGGACCAGUGGGCUUGGGACACCCCCGUUGUCAUCGAGGGCAAGGAGUACCCCUUCGCUGACGGCCACGUCUUCAAAUAA